AUGGUCACAACAAAUGCCAGACCCUUUUCAUUAAUGAAUGAUUCAGGAUUUCGAAAAAUAAUUGACCCUAUUUUAACGGCUUUAAACAGCAAAAUGGCGAUCACACCAGAAACAGUUCAAGAAAAAAUAAAAUACCUUGCCAACUCGAUUAAGACCGAAAUUUCGACGGAAAUUAAAAACCGCUUAAUAUCAUUAAAAAUUGAUGUGGCAACUUGUCUAGAUCGUAGUAUUCUUGGGAUGAAUGUUCAAUACGUUAAAAAUAAAUCCAUAUGUAUAAAAACAUUGGCAAUGCGAGAACUUAAAGAGCGCCAUACUGGCGAUUAUAUUAAAAGUGUUACGCUAUCUGUUCUCGAAGAAUAUGAAAUAAAACCUGAGCAAAUAUACUCUGUUACCACGGAUAAUGGGUCUAAUAUGUUAAAAGCAGUCCAGCUUAUGGAAAACCGGCAUCCAAAAUAUGUCGAUUCUGACGAUGAACAGGGUCAGCUUGAGGAAAAUGAUGCUCUUGACAAGAAUCAAGAGACAGAAGACUCCGAAGAAGAGCAAGGUAUAGACUGUGAAAUUAGCGCUCUAAAAUCUCUACGAUGCGCUGCCCACACACUCCAAUUGGCAGUAUAUGCAUUUUAUAAAUACAGAAACAUAGCCAGCAAAAUAGAUAAAUGUCGCCAACUUUCAAAGGAAAUUCGGACGCCAACCAUUAUGCUUCUCAUAAAAGCACUUAAUAUUAAACACCCAAUAUUGGAUACCAAAACCAGAUGGAAUUCAACUAUAUGCAUGCUAGAACGUUUGCUGGAACUCCGACCAUUUUGCCAAAAAAAUUGCAAAACACACAAAGUCUUAUAUGUACCAAAUACAAUUUGGGAUUUCAUGGAGGAGUUUGUAACAGUUAUGAAACCCGUUAAGGAUGCCACAAUAGCCCUACAGGCAGCACAAUUGGUGAUUGGAGAUUUCUUUGGUGUUUGGACCAAAUGA